ACCAGCUUUGUGAAGCUUAGGGCUUGCGUCCAUAUUCUUUCACCAUGUUUCCAGUGUAGUGGGUCUGGGGUCAGAUUCACCAGUCCUACACAAAUACAAUAAAAGAGGCAUUUAUUUCUAGCCAGGACUACACUUGGAGCUGGAAACUCAAGAAUGCAGCCCCGAGUUCACUCUGGUCAAGGGUUAUAAAGAGUAUACAUCACAUUGUUAAACAAGGCUACAUGACAAUAGUCACAAGCCGAACCUAGUUUAAAAAGCGGAGAAAAAAAUGAUUAACGGUUAUUUCACUCAAGAAGAUGGCCUGGUAUCAUCCUGCAUACCAAAGGUGUCCUGAAGGAACCAUGGAGCUGAAUAGCAAGAAGAAGCUUCAUGCCUUGUCCCUAGCCGAGAAGAUCCAGGUGCUGGAACUCCUGGAUGAGUCCAAGAUGUCCCAGUCAGAAGUGGCCCGGCGCUUUCAGGUCUCCCAGCCUCAGAUCUCACGCAUCUGCAAGAAUAAGGAAAAACUGCUGGCAGACUGGUGCAGUGGCACAGCCAACCGCGAGCGCAAGCGUAAGCGAGAAUCCAAGUACAGUGGGAUCGAUGAGGCUCUACUCUGCUGGUACCACAUUGCCAGGGCCAAGGCCUGGGAUGUGACAGGGCCUAUGCUGCUCCACAAGGCCAAGGAGCUGGCUGAUGUCAUGGGUCAGGAUUUUGUGCCCAGCAUCGGUUGGCUGGUCCGCUGGAAACGCCGGAACAACGUAGGCUUUGGAGCUCGCCACGUGCUCGUCUCUACAUUCCCCCCUGAACUACGGCCCCCAGGGCUUCCAUCACAGGCUCAGCCACCCCUUUCCCUUAAAAAUUUCUCCCCAGAAGAUGUUUUUGGCUGUGCUGAGGUGCCCUUGAUGUAUCGGGCAGUGCCCAACAGGGCAUUUGCAUGUGAUAGGGUGCAGGUGCUACUGUGUGCCAAUAGCAGGGGUACAGAAAAGCGGCGGGUACUGGUGAGUGGACUCCAGGCUGCCUCAAGAUGCUUCUUUGGAGUCAGCAGCGAGGCACUACCUGCCUCCUACUACCCAGACCUAGGCACCCCCUGGUCAGAAUGGCUGGCACAGUUUGACCAGGACAUGGCACAGCAGGGACGACAGGUAGCCUUGCUGCUAUCUGCUGGAGUGGUAGAAGAGUGGGCCAGCCCUCCUGGACUUCACCAUGUGCAACUCUUGCCUCUGUCCGCUUCCAGCACCACACCUUCCUUGCCUAGCUCUGUUGUCUGGGCCUUUAAGGCUCAUUACCGGCACCGUCUUCUGGGCAAGUUGGCUGCCAUGCAGAGCAGGAGGGAGGGCACCUUGCUGGCUGAGGCUGGGGCUGGCAUCACAGUGCUGGAUGCUCUGCAUAUGGUGGCAGCAGCCUGGGCCAAGGUACCUCCUCAGCUCAUUUUGAACAGCUUCGUUCACGAAGGGCUUGCUCCAGGCAAAACGCCACUGCCCCUGGACAAAGACUCUGAGAUGCCACCAGUUCCCAGUGGGCUGAGUCCAGAGGAAUUUUUCCGCUUUGUGGACUUGGAGGGUAGGGAGGCCAAACCUGGAGUGUGCAAAGAGGAGAAAGGCACUGAAGAUGAGGAAGGAAGUGGACAAGAGGGCUUCGAGCCCCUCCCUACCAAAACUGAUGCCCUGCGGGCCCUGGGCACCUUGAGGAGGUGGUUUGAAUGCAAUGGCACCUCCUCGGAGUUCUUUGAGAAAUUCUAUGACUGUGAGGCAGAGGUGGAGCGGCUCUGCUGCCUGUGAGGGCUCCUGGGUUGCUGCCACAGGCCCUCUGCUGUUUCCCAUGGAAACGCCUCUCUAGAAGGCAGACCAACUCUUUCCUGUGGAAACAGUACGUAAAAGGUGUAGAGGGAGGAAAAUGGUGACACCAGGUCUAAGGUCAGAGUGAAUAUCAUCCAAGCCUAAGAAGAAGCAGCCUUGAGAUUAGGGUUCUGGGAUCUGUAGCUUCUAAACCCUGGUAAAGUUCAAGAGUAUUGCGGAGGGAGUUAGUCCAGAGAGGCUGGGACCUGGGAAGGUGAACUUGGGCUUGAUGAUGGUGGCUGCAUCCUUUGAAUUGUGUCAAAAGCAGUUCUGCUCCUGGAAAUAAAAUGUUUAAAGGGGAAA